AUGAAGCUCGCUGCGUUCGCUACAUUCGUUCUUUCAAGCGCUGCUGUCGCUGUCAAGGCUGUCUGCAUCGAUACAGCCAACGGUGUUACUCUGUCCGUAUUCCCUUUGGCGAACGCGACCGACAUCCGCCCCGUCAAGCUCAUCUCGGAUGGAGCUGACUCGUAUACCAUGCUCACAUGCAAUGAAAACUGCGGCGCCAUUCCCAUUGACAGCUGGUAUCUCAAAGACAAGGUGCUGAUCCCGUCGCUCAUCCAAAUCGCCAUCUACACCAUGACGGAUAAUCCAGUUCCCGCGAACACGUCUCCUUCGUUCAAGAGGGUCAGAGUCGGCGACCCGGUGUACAAAUAUCCUAUCUAUUGCAUUGACUCACCUUUAAAGAGCGCAAAGAAGGGCCUACUUUCGGUCAAUGGUGCCACGAACAAAUUCUACCUUUGCGAUAAUCUCAUUCCGACAUUUGCUCCCACGGAACGUGGUGACAUCUUCUAUGAUGUUGACCCCAAGAAGUCGGUCUAUCCCCGCGGCGACUGCCGCCCAGCUGGUAUUAUUGCCACCAUCCCCUAG